AUGAACGAUGAGGCCGAGUCGUCUCGAGCUACAUUGCGCCGCGAUGACAGUUCUCCUGACCGUAUCGACGACAUAGAGCAUAUCUCCCCAAGAGAAAUUGCACGUGAGCAUGCAAAAGCUGUGAAGGAACGGCGGCUAGAUGCCAAAAGGAAGCGCAUCCGGAUGCUGGGCGACCUUCUGCGCGAGCUGGACCUGGUGGUGUAUAUGGAGCUACUAGCCCUCUACCACCUCGAUUGCUCAUUCUUCUGGUUUGCAGUGCGUGCGUUGGCUCAUGGUAGCCUGCUCACGCCAGUCUCAGACCCAACCAUGCAACGCCCACCUGACGAGGCUCGACCGUUUCUACCCGUAGUGGCAGGAUUGUUUGUUAUGAACUUUCUGCUUCAUAUGCUAUAUCUAGCGCCAGCAGCUGGCGAAGACACCAGAGGCUAUCUGCACGGUGGCUUGAUGAUAGACUUCAUCGGGCAGCAGGGGCCAACUAGUAAAUGGAAGCUAGGAGGAUUGGACCUGUGUAUUCUGGCCCUGCAGCUGGUCAUGGUGUCGGCGCAUGUCAAGCGCCGAGAUCUGAAGAAGCAGUUGUCGCAGAUCACUGCAGGGGAGACGCCAUCAGGCAGCGCCGAAGACACAGCCACGUCAGAGCCUACGGGUGAGAACACCACACCAUCACCAACAACAACUUUGAGUGCGGCCCGAGGUCAGGAUGCCGACGACGAAGAGCGUGGAAUUUUGCGCCGGACUGACACUAUGUCAGACAUAGGAGCCGAACCCGAGGAGGAGGAUUCGCUACUGCAAUCUACCGCUGAGACAGGUCACGUCGAUGCGCUGGACUUGCUAACCUCGGGGCAGUGCGUCAUAUUUUCUGCCGACGUCAUCAAUACAAUAUGGCACGAGAACGAGAAUUAUCGGGCGUUCCGCCAGACGCGCACAGAAAACAGCCUUAGCGGUGACAUGCCAGAGACACUGCGUCGUCUGAACACGCUACGCGCCCGCUUUGGUGUCGGUGGGGGUUGA